AUGGACUAUCAAAACCGAGCUGGCUCUAAGUUCGGAGGCGGAGGUGUUGCCUCACAAUCAGCCACAAACGCUGAUCGUCGGGAGAGGUUGCGCAAACUUGCCCUUGAAACCAUCGAUCUUGACAAAGAUCCAUACUUCUUCAAAAAUCACGUCGGCUCAUUUGAAUGUCGUCUCUGCUUAACUGUUCAUCAAAAUGAUGGCUCAUAUCUCGCGCAUACUCAAGGUCGCAAGCAUCAGACGAACCUGGCGCGUCGAGCUGCCAAGGAGCAAAAAGAAGGUCGCGCAGGACUCGAUCCCAUAACAGGUGUCCCGGUUGGAAUGAUUGGAGUACAAGUAGCUGUUAAACGGAACAUCAUCAAAAUUGGACGACCUGGCUACAAAAUUACGAAGACCCGAGAUCCAGUAACACGCCAGCAGGGGUUAGUCUUCCAACUACAAUAUCCAGAGAUUGCUCACGACGUUACCCCCAAGGUACGAUUCAUGAGCGCCUAUGAGCAAAAAAUAGAUGAUCCUCCGGACAAGAACUUCCAAUACAUGCUUGUUGCUGCAGAACCUUACGAGACAUGCGGUUUUAAGCUACAAGCCAGGGAAAUCGAUAGGACAAACGACCGAUACUACACUUGGUGGGAUCCAGACUUAAAGGAAUUCUGGGUUCAAGUCAUGUUUAAGACUGAAAGAGAAGAAAGGUAUAGCGGUGUUCCGGGUCUAGCUCCAUCCGCGCUUUCUCGUAGAUAG